AUGAUGAGCCAGCAAUCCGGCAGGGCCUCCCAGGCCACCAAGAGCUCCAGUGGCCUCUCUGCCGUCGUGGUGGCUGGGCAGGGCUGUGCCAGCUCCACCAGGUCCCAGUCGGGCUCACGCUCUGGGGCAAGCAGUGCGGCCAUGGCCUGUGCCAUGAUUGGGGGUGCCUUGGGCAGCAGGAGCAUGUACAGCCUUGGGGGGAGCAAGAAGAUCUCACUGAGUGUGGCUGGAGGUGCCGCCCAGGCAGGGGGCUCGGCACGGGGGUGCUCUGGUGCCUUUGGAGGGAGCUUGGGCUGGGCUGGAGGAAGGGGCCAGAGAAGCGGCUUUGGGGGAGGCUCCUUCCAUGUUGGAGGGAGACCUGGUGGCUUUGGAGGAGUUCCCGGUGGGGCCGGGGGCUUUGGAUGCUCUGGGGGCUUUCCCCUUGGCAUCCAGGAGGUGACCAUCAACCAGAGCCUCCUGCAACCCCUGAACAUGGGGAUUGACCCCCAGAUUGGGGAGCUGAAGACGCAGGAGAAGGAGCAGAUCAAGAGCCUCAACAACAAAUUUGCCUCCUUCAUCGACAAGGUGCGGUUCCUGGAGCAGCAGAACAAGGUGCUGGAGACCAAGUGGUGCCUCCUGCAGGAGCAGACGGCCACUUCCAAGGCCAGCGCCAAUGACCUGCAGCCCUUCUUUGAGUCCUACAUCGGCUGCCUGCAGGCCCACCUGGACAGGCUGGUGGCAGAGCGGGGCCGGCUGGACGGGGAGCUGGGCACGAUGCAGGGGCUGGUGGAGGAGUACAAGAGGAGGUACGAUGAUGAGGUGAACAAGCGCGCGGCUGCUGAGAAUGACUUUGUGCUUCUCAAGAAGAAUGUGGAUACUUCCUACAUGGCCAAAGUGGACCUGGAAGUCAGAGUGGCGAGUUGGACAGAUGAGAUCAACUUCACGAAGUCCGUCUUUGAGGCUGAGUACAACAAGCUCCUGUCAGAAUCCAAUGACACGUCCGUCAUCCUGUCCAUGGACAACAACCGCCACUUAGACCUGGACAGCAUCAUCGCCGAGGUCAAGGCGCAGUACGAGGACAUCACCCAGAAGAGCAAGACUGAGGCCGAAGCGCUGUACCAGUCCAAGCUGGGGGAGCUGGAGACCACAGCUGGCAAGCACAGUGAUGACUUGAGGAGCACCAAGAGUGAGAUCGCAGAGCUCCACAGGGCCAUCCAGAGGCUGCAGGCAGAGAUUGAGAAAGCCAGGAAGCAGGAGGAUCACCUGCGGACAGCUAUCACUGAUGCUGAGCAGCGGGGUGAGCUGGCUCUCAAGGAUGCCCAGGCCAAAGUGGCAGAGUUCAUGGAGGCCCUUCAGCAGUCCAAGGAGGACCUGGCCCGCCUGCUGAAGGAGUACCAGGAGCUGAUGAACGUUAAGCUGGCCCUUGACGUGGAGAUCGCCACCUACCGCAAGCUGCUGGAGGGCGAGGAGUGCAGGAUGUCUGGAGAGUGCCCGAGCUCUGUGUGCAUCUCGGUGGUUCAUAAGACCAGCACCAUUGGAUCUGGAGCUGCUAGCCGCAAUGGCAGGGACAGUGGCUCUGGCAGUUCCAGUCGUGGGGGCCAGAGUGUGACUGGCGGGCAGAGCACAACUGGAGGCCAGAGCAUGCAGUCUACCAGCAAGCAAGUCCCCAUGGGCCAGAGUUCCAGAGGCAGCAGCGCCUCCUCUUCCUCAGCCAGGAUUAUCCAGACCACUAGCAGCAGCAGCCAGCGCACCUACACCAAAUUCUGA